UCAUUUCCUUAACUGGCAAUUGCUGCCUGUCUGUCUGUUUUUCAGAGAACAUUCCGAGAAAUCAUGUUCCUACAGGAAUUUGGAGAACACCCAAACAUCAUUAAGCUCCUGAAUGUCAUCCGGGCUCAGAAUGACAAGGAUAUUUACCUGGUUUUUGAAUCCAUGGAGACAGAUUUGCAUGCUGUGAUUAAGAAGGGGAAUUUACUGAAAGAUAUUCACAAGUGUUACAUCCUGUAUCAGCUUCUGAAAGCCACCAAAUUCGUCCACUCAGGAAACGUCAUUCACAGGGACCAGAAGCCUUCCAACAUCCUGCUGGAUGCAGACUGCUUUGUUAAGCUGUGUGACUUUGGGCUGGCUCGUUCCCUGUGCCAAAUCCACAAGGAUCAUGGCAACCAAGCGCUCACUGAAUACGUCGCGACUCGCUGGUACAGGGCCCCUGAGAUUCUGCUUGCUUCUCAUAGCUACACCAAGGGUGUGGACAUGUGGAGCAUCGGCUGCAUUUUGGGGGAAAUGUUGCUCGGGAAGCCCCUGUUCCCAGGCACAUCCACGGUCAACCAAAUUGAGCACAUCUUGCGCAUCAUACCUCCUCCAUCCGCAGAAGGUGAGAAUGGUUUGAAGGGCUUAACGAGCUCAAGGAAAGGGGGAGCAGGACAUGAGCCCAGAUGUUGCCGCCCUCCACUCAGACUACAGAGCCUCGAUUAUCAGCCGCCUGAGCUCCCAGCCUUGGACCUUCUGAAGAGGCUCUUGGUCUUUAACCCUGACAAGCGGCUGACGGCAGAAGAGGCCCUGAAGCAUCCCUAUGUACAAAGGUUCCACUGUCCCACCAAAGAGCCUGCUCUGGACUACAACGUGAUCCUCCCUCUGGACGAUGACUUGCAGCUCUCCGUGGCUGAGUAUCGCAAUAAGCUGUACGAGAUUAUUUUGGAAAGGAAGGCAACUAACCAGCAUCAGAAGCAGCAGCUCCAAAGAAAGGAUCUCCAGCCCAGUUCCUCAGAGCCCCACCUCCCUACUGAACCUCUACGUAAGGAGCAGGGGGUGCCGCAGCCCCUCCCACCAAGUAGCUCUCCUCCCGGGCCGUCUGGAGCCGCCGUUCCUUGCGAAGCUCCCCACCAAAGCGCGAGCGAAAUAAGACGUCUCUGCCCAAGGCCAACAACAAGUUCCACAGCGGGCCGCCUCAUCGCCCACACCAGUGCCCACAACAGCCUUUGGCCUGGCAUCCUGGCAAGGAAUCGCUCUGCUCCACUCGCUUCCCAUCAGGCCCCCUCCGCCCUCGACAGGAGACACGGGAGGCCAGCACCCUGGGCACCAGCAAACCACCCCGCUCCUGCCGCAGGCACAAAGGAGCUCCAUGGCGAUUCAAAGGCCUCUGAGGCUCCCCACAAGGACGUCCGUCCCAUCCCAAAGCCCAGCAGAAAGAUGUUCCCUGUCACAGCAAACGUGGGAGCAGCUGGUGAUCCCCGGGCCCGCCUGGGCAGUUACUCCCAGUCCUAUGGGACCAUCUAGCUGGGCACAGAACACACUUUGGCUGCCCCCUCUCUCAGGGAGUUGAGAAGAGACUGCAGACGCCUUUUGCAGAGCCCUCCUCCACCACCACCACCACCACUGGAGAUGCUGCUCUGCUCUCUGCCCAUCCGCUCCAGUCAAAACCGGCUCCUCUUCACUCUGUCCAGAGUUGCACUGGAAAAAGAAAAGACAAACCUCUGUGGAAACACCCCCCCCAAGGCGGGGGG